CAGAGGUUCCAUUGGGGUGUAGGAGUCGACAAUUUGUUUGCAUCUAUGCAUGUUUCGACUUUUUGUGCUGCCAUUAAGCCAUUUUAGAGGCAACUGAGUUCUGCACAUUAGACGCGUUACUUUGUGAUACCGAAAUAAUGUCUGACAAGAAAGCUUACCCUGUUGCAGGACAGCCACCAGCAGGUUAUGUACCAGCACCUCCACCUGGUACUUAUGGAGUGCCUGGAGCAGCUCCCUAUGGUGUUUUUCCAUCACAAGCCCAUUUGUAUGCUGCAGCAGCAGCUGCACAAGGGCCACCACCCACAUAUGACCAGUCUUUGGCACACCCUGCAGCAGUUAAUCAGCAGAUGUAUGCACAGAGUGCUGCAGCUGCACAGAUGUAUGCUCAAGGGUAUCCUGGCUACUUAGGGUAUCCGGCAUAUAGUCCCAUGCAGGCAUACUACCCAUCUCUUGCUGCAUAUUCAUAUCCAGGAAUGCAGCCAGCUCAGUUAAGGCCAACAAUAAUGGUGCCGAAUGGAUUUGAUGCUGGUGCUCGUUUUGAUGGCAUAGCUCAGCCUGUACUACCUCCCGCACCACCUGGUGUGCCUGCUAAUGCUGCUCAACUUGCUGCCAUGGCUGGUCACAAUGUUGCCCUUUCUCAAAAGAAAGGCUCAUUUCUAGCUGGUGGAAGUGAAGGAGGUUAUACUUUUUGGUAGGACUAGCAACACAGAGCAGAAGUUUUUGGACUCCCCCCUCAGGAAAAAAAUGAGUGUUGCUGUUAGAUGAUGCUUCAGCCCAUUAUUGCAAGUGUUUAACCCCAUAGACACUCACAGAAUCAGGUUUCUGUGGUAGGUGGUGUGAUGAGGAUUGCUCUUACAUUGUAACCUGAUGUUUACAGCAGAAAGUGAUGUGCCCAGGACCAGUUUCAUUUGUAACUACUAUGGGUGGAAUUAAAGUGGGCUACUGACAAAACCACUACAAUAAAUUCUUUUAUUGAAUGACCACAGUUUUAUAGUUCAGUAUAUCUUGAAGGAUAACUUAUUUCCCAGUGUUAAGACUUGUGUUCAACACAAUUUGAUCCUUGUAUACAGAACAGUAGUUGCCAUCAUUCUCAUCUUUCCACAAAAGUUAAAUGUACCUUAAUGUUUCAUAUGAAUUGUAAAUUUCUAGUUUCUACAGUUCACUUAGUUCCCCUUUUGUGACCUGAUGUGUUAAUUACAAAAACAUUGAAGCAUUGAUAAGAGUAUAAACAGUAAUUUUUAAAAUGGCACUGUUAAUUGCGGUAUAUUUGGUGCUGAGUAAUUCACAUUUUGUAAAUUUUUGAAAACGGUUAUAAUGUUCAAAAUUUUGUUGGUUAUCAUAAAGUAUGAAUUUUAUCCAGAAAAAGUUAAGCACCUGUGACAAACGUAAGAAAAUUGCUUUUUGCUUCCAAAUUUGUGUAAUUCUUCAUUUUGUGUUAAAGUUCAAACAGAAAUUAAUCACAUAUACUGUGCUCAGAAUUUGCAUGUGUAACAAACUCAACUGAUCCUCAUAGGUACUCUCAAAUAUGGGUUUAGUACUUGAAACUGUGUAAAACAUAUAUUCUGCAAUAUUUUUAAAAAUGUGGAAAUUUUACUUCUUAACUUUGUUGUUAAAUAUCAUGUGUUGGGUGAUCGUAGUGUGCAUAAUUGCAGGCUUUGAAGCACUUGUUUAUUGUUGAGAACUACCUGAACUGUUCUGAUUGUUAAAGUCCUCACUGUGUGCUAAAAAUGAGAAACUGUGAUAUUACAAUUUUUGGCUUUAAAAACCUGUUACUGUUAAAUAAUUGGUCAUAAUUUGGGGCAUAGCAACAGCAUGAAUGUGCAGUUAUGAACAUUUGUAUCAAACUGAUAAAAAUUUGCAUUGUGGAAAGAGCUAAAGUUUUGUUUUUGAGGCUUUAGUAAUAUGUUGACUGUUGAAAGUAAGUUUCUUGUGUUUUAAAGGAAAAGUCCAAAUUACUGUAUGAACUAAUUUUUGUUGAAAAGUGUAACUUCUUUCUUUGGAAACAUUUGCAGUUUUUGUCAAUGAUAGAAUAAUUGUUUAGUGAGUGAUUCAUACAGUGUAACAAUUAUUUUGUAGAACAAUGCUUGAAUAUUAUGAAGCAUUCCAUUGUACAUGCAGAUUUAUUAAAUCUGGAAUAUGCAGCAAUUAACACAAAGUUAGUACAAGUAUUUACUUUUUGUACAUUGUUUAUGCUUAUGACUUUUUAUUUAAUAUGAAUUACUGAUUCCUGAAUAUUAUCGUGGAAAAUACAAAUGUGUGUUUGUAAUUGCUACUUGCAGCUUCAUGGGGUACAAAAUUUAAUAGACUUAAUAGCAGGUUUGACUAAAAUAUUAAUACUUGCAUUCAGUGAGUUCAAAAAUUUUGAAUCUAUUGGUAGAGAGCCAGUAUUAGAUCAGAACAAGAGAUUUUAUUUCAGAAUGAAAAUUUUUGUUUUUUCACAAACUAAGUGGGUAUUGUGUGAAAAAAUAAGUGGUACGAUCACUUGUGGUGACUGAAGUGUUUCAAAGGAAUGGGAGAAAUGUGGCUCUUGACAUAACUGUGUUCUGUGUUUUAUUCCACCUUCUGGAGUAUAAUUGGGCUGCCCACGUGUUAUGAAGUUUGUGAAACAAUCAAGGCAGCUAAUACAUCUAAAUUCAAUGUUAGUGCUGUGAUAUUUUGAAAUUUUUGUAGACACUUGUUUUUAACACUAAAGUGUUAUUUUCAAUCUGGAUAAAGUUAUUCAACAAAA